AUGCCGCCCAAUACAGUGACAGCCGUAUGGGCGGAUAGUUCUACGUCGAAAUCCUUCGAGUUCAAGUCCGAAAAAAUGCUCGAAUUCUCGGCUCGUGCCCACCUCAACAAGCUAGUAUCGCCGCUGCCUGCGGGACAAUGCGAAACUCUGCCAUCGGGCUCCUUGGAAAACGUUGAAACUGCUGCUGUUCUUUUCCAUCCGUCUGGGACCACACUGGUGGAUGAAAUAUUGAAGAAAUUCACUGCAGUAACUGAGGUGCGACUUGCCAAAGUCGAAGGUGAUCUGGAGAAAAAGAAGUCUGGGACAGAGAGACUCUUAGCUAAGAUUACUGGCUUGGAGGGUAGGGAGGAGUCUCUUCAGAAAGAGAACCAGAGUCUGAAGGAGGAGCAAAGACAGGAGAGAGUGCGGACAGAGGGUAGAGAGAAGAGCCUCUUAGCUAAGAUUACUGGCGUGGAGGGUAGAGAGGAGUAUUUUCGGAAAGAGAUCCAGAGUCUGAAGGAGGAGCAAAGACAGGAAAGAGUGCGGACAGAGGGUAGAGAGAAGAGCCUCUUAGCUAAGAUUACUGGCGUGGAGGGUAGAGAGGAGUCUCUUCAGAAAGAGAACCAGAGUCUGAAGGAGGAGCAAGGACAGGAGAGAGUGCGGACAGAGGGUAGAGAGAAGAGCCUCUUAGCUAAGAUUACUGGCGUGGAGGGUAGAGAGGAGUCUCUUCAGAAAGAGAUCCAGAGUCUGAAGGAGGAGCAAAGACAGCAAAGAGUGCGGACAUCCAGUCUGGAGGAUGAGAUUACACGGCUAUCAGGAGAUUUCGAUGAUUGGAUUACCAUUGGUGAUCCUCCACCAGUUGCUACUUUGGAUGCUAUAAGGCAGAGGAAUUUAAUCGACAAUGUUCAGUCGCACUUCGCCACAUUGGCACAGCUACCCUACACGCACAGAAAACUUGCUUCAGAGGCUUUUCGGAAAGCCAUAGGCAAUAGUUCAACUGAAGAUCGUCUGGAGGCUGCCAAGGCAUUAUUGCACGGCCAUUGUAUUGAUUUACCAAGUGACAAUGCAUUGCUUCUCUUGGUUGAUGAAUCCAAGCGCCGACUGGGUAACAAUGUUGCUCAUCAACGGUAUAGUCGUGCCUGGUAUCUGGAGAUUGUUACAAAAGAACAAGGAAACGCUGAGCUUAUAGAUAUUCUUUUUCCUAAUCCCUGA